AGACAUCAUGGUGAGGAAAUAUGUUUUCAUUUGUAAGCCUAUCAAUCGUGAUCCUCCUAUUACGCAAGUGUUAAGUUGUUGAGUAGAGACGCAUUGCAAAAUAUUGCCUGCUCGCUCUGUGGAAUUAAGCAGGAUACAUUCUCCCACAAACCCUGCCCGGAAAAAUCGACUGCAUUGUCUUUGCUGAACGGGUGGACAAAGAUGCAAGCCAUAUAUGAAAACUAAUUGCACGCGUGGGUAAGCAUAUAUUGGCUAUCAAGAAAGAAUACACGCUUUAAACUAUGCGUGGAUGGAAUUCAUUCAAACGACAAGGGAAGUUAACGACCAACAUUAUCAAGGAGAGCAGUAUGUUUGUCAACCUUGAUUUCUUAUCAUAAAAUAAAAUACAUACCAGUUAACUAUUCUAGGCUAUUGUAGUCGUCGACCUUCACGACCAUCUCAGACUUUUAGAUACGCAGAAUAGCAGAAACCGCGUGGCUGAAUUUAAAACCAACCCCAAUGCGUUUAUUCCAUGUCCGUGUCUGUUCAACAACACUAGCUGCCUACCCAUUGCUUCAAGGGAUCCUUAACUGCAUGGCUUUCGACCUCCAUCAUUCAUAAUGACAAUAUUGGUACAUGCAUAUUGCACUAUAUGAAUAUACCUCUGAUACAGUCCAACGUUUCUUAUUCUAUUCAAGGCUAAUUGGACUGAGGCUACACUGACACGUUCGUUGGACGAUAGCUCUGGAUUUCAGAUUCGGUUUUCAGUUUGUAUAUCUUUUUCUGUCUCAAUUGGAUCGUAUUGGGAUUCGUAAGGUGGUUUUAACCCGAUGCAGAUGGUUUAAGAAAGGACUUCGCCUACCAAUUUGGUGACCAAUUUCUGAAGUAAAAGUCAACCCGUUGUUGGUUACUACCUUUACUACCUCUCUCGUCAAUUUCACUCCUCUUCGCUUAGAAAUGCUUCAGUAAGACAAUGUUUGAACCGUGGAAAUAACGCCCAUGUGUCUUCCCCAAAACAUCCACGGCGACGAUCCAUUAACGACAACGGUAAAGCCUGCUUUCAAGUCGUCAUUGAGAGAAGCAUUUGAGAAGAGACUACAAAUACUGGCCUCUAGGUGUUUCUCUCUAAUGCCAGUGGGUGUCGUUCUACUCUCAGAGCUGUGACUGACUGACUGCAAGAGAGACGGGAUGCCUAUACCCAUGUGAUUUCUGCCAUGGAGACCAGAGCUUAAUAUCUGGAUCUGGAACCUGAUAGACAGACAGACGAUGGAGCGUCUGGUUUUGUGUGUGCUGCUCUGUGUACUGCUGUGUGCGGUGCUGGUGAAGGGCUACAACUGCCCCGGCCGCUGCAUCUGCCAGCAUCUCUCCCCAACUCUGACUCUGCUCUGCGCUAAGACCGGUCUGUUGUUUGUGCCUCCAACCAUCGACCGCAAGACCGUAGAGCUGCGUCUCACAGACAACUUCAUCACCAUUAUCCGCAGGAAAGACUUUUUCAACAUGACCAGCCUGGUUCACCUCACCCUGUCCCGUAACACCAUCAGCCAGAUCACGCCCAACGCCUUCCUGGGCCUGCGCUCUCUACGAGCCCUCCACAUGGAUGGCAACCGCCUCAGUGUCAUCAAGAGCGACCACUUCAAAGGCCUGGUCAACCUUCGCCACCUCAUACUGGGGAACAACCAGAUCCACAAUGUGGCCCCUACCUCCUUUGAUGAGUUUGUGUCGACCAUCGAGGACCUGGAUCUGUCCAACAACAACCUGAGGACCCUGCCCUGGGAGGAGAUAGGCAGGAUGAGCCACAUCAACACCCUCACCCUUGAUCACAACCUGAUUGAUCACAUUGGAGCUGGGACUUUCACGCUCCUCACCAAGCUGGUUCGUCUGGAUAUGACCUCCAACCGGCUGCAGAAGCUACCUCCAGACAGCCUGUUUCAGCACGCCCAGGUGCUGUCAGAUGCCAAGGGCUCCAACCCAUCCUCCCUGGCGGUGAGCUUCGGGGGAAACCCUCUCCACUGUAACUGCGAGCUGCUGUGGCUCCGCAGACUGACCCGGGAGGACGACCUGGAGACCUGCGCCUCCCCAGAGCAUCUCAUGGAUAAGUACUUCUGGUCCAUCCAGGAGGAGGAGUUCAUCUGCGAGCCCCCGCUCAUCACCAAACACAUAUCCACCAAGCCCUACGUCAUGGAGGGUCAGGGGGUCACCCUCAAGUGCAAGGCCAUGGGAGACCCGGACCCAGCCAUCCACUGGCGCUUCCCCGACGGUAAGCUGGUGCACAACAACUCCCGCACUAUCCUGUAUGACAACGGUACCUUGGACAUCCUCAUCACCACCUUAAAGGACAGUGGUGCCUUCAACUGUGUGGCCUCCAAUGCUGCCGGCAUCGCCACAGCUGCUGUGGAGAUCAACAUGAUCCCUCUGCCAUUGCUCGUCAACAACACAUUGCACCACAUGCGUGAGGCCGAUCGGGGCCUCUCUGACAUCACCACCUCCUCAAAGUCAGGCAACGACACCAAGGGCCAUGACAAGCACCAGGACAAGAGAGUGGUGGUGGCCGAGCUGACCUCCUCCUCGGCUGUGAUUCGUUGGCCCUCCGAGCGCCACAUCCCAGGCAUCAGGAUGUACCAGAUCCAGUACAACAGCACUGCAGACGACACACUGGUUUACAGAAUGAUCCCGUCCACCAGUAAGACCUUCCUGAUCAACGACCUGGCGGCGGGCCGGGAGUAUGACCUGUGUGUCCUGGCGGUGUACGACGACGGCAUCACCUCUCUGACGGCCACGCGCGUGGUGGGCUGUGUCCAGUUCCACACGGCCAGCGAGGUCAGCCAGUGUCGCUUCAUCCACAGCCAGUUUUUGGGUGGCACCAUGAUAAUCAUCAUUGGCGGCAUCAUUGUGGCCUCAGUGCUGGUGUUUAUCAUCAUCCUCAUGAUCCGUUACAAGGCGCACAGCAGCCCAGAGGACAGCAAGGCCAGGGUCAGCUCCAGCAUGCACUCCCAGACCAAUGGCAGCCAGCACAGACUCCAGCACUCCACCUCCAAGCAACCUGCUGAGGACAGCCACCAGAGAGAAGCCCUACCGGUGGCAGCCAAGGAGUGCAUGGCCCUGGUGCUGAAGGUGGACAGUGACAAGAGGGAGUGGGACACCCCUCCAACCACUAUGGCCAUCCUGGAAGUGGAGCUGCCCCCCCUGCCCACGGACAAGAUGAAGAGGACCAGCCUGGACGUCCAGUGCUCCGGAUCUGGCCCCCCAUCGGAGGAUACACAGACAGACAGCAGCCUGACGGGCUCCACCAUGUCCUUGUGUCUCCUAGGCCCCAACGCCGGCACCAAGGAGGCCCCCAGGCUCAAGGACAAGAAGAGCGCCCUGGCCAACAUGGGGUUUAAUAAUGAGCUGGCACGAACUAGGCACAGGUUCAGCUUUGAUGGGGGAGACUACUCCAUAUUUCAGAGCCACAGUUACCCCCGCAGAGCGCGGACGAGGCGGCACAAGUCCACCAACCAGCUCAACGUGGAGUCCUCACCGCUCGCCAACCGGAGAGUCACUUUCAGCAGCACUGAAUGGAUGCUGGAGAGCACAGUGUAAGAGAUGCAACCUGGCCUCUCUGGCUUGCUGUCACACACAUACACACAGACACACACCAACAGUUUGACACAUACACAUUUACACAUCUAGCAAAUAAAGUUACAUGCAUACACACACAGACUCUCAGAGAGAGUUGCUGGAGAAGAACAUAGUCUCCUUUCAUCCUGCCUCCCCUCAUACUCCCAGAGAGACAGAGAUUUGUUGGUCAUUUCAUUAUUUUAUGCAGCAGUGCCUUAUUCUAAAAUAUGUACAAAUGGAGGAUGCUGCUCACUGUAGUCAUAAACCUUACUUUCUAUCAUGGUUUCCCCCUGUUUCAUAGGGAGUGUUGCUUAGAUUUUUUUACAUGCCAGGGGGUGGGGCAAAUGUGACAGUUUUCCAUUUAAUGUUAAAAACAAACAUCACAGUGUAAAGUGAACAACCAGGUAUCCUGUAUGUUGAUCAUCCAUUUGGGUUCUUUCAAAGACUUUUGCACACGAAGACACGACGAUACGAGGACAAGUAUCACACCAGUCUAUACAGUAAUAAAAAGAUUAUAGAACUAUACACAUGCCGAUUUCAAAUGUUAGCAUAGAGAGGAUGGACCUGAAAAAUCUGUGGAUUCCUCAAUGCUGGUUGGACUCAAUGAUAUUACUAGGUAUUGUUCCUGAUGUGACUGUAUGAUAUUAAUCGGUAUUGUAUCUGGCUGGUCUAGAUAAAAAGUUAACUAAAAAUACAUAUAGAAGUAUAUUAAAACAUUGGUGUAUGUGUACUAUGUAAGUAAGUCAUAUGUCACAACUUUUUACUGAGCAUUUGAGUGUUGGCCACAAGUUCUUACAUUAAAAACCUGUGUCAUCACACUUCUCCCUAUUUAGUAUGACAAGGUUUGGACCACUUAUCCCUCAUGAGAGGGUAUUAAAUUUUUGUGUGGGUUAACUGUA